GCUUUCUCAAGCUGAAAUAUUAAAUUCUUUCUGCGACAUCUUAAUUUUACCUUUCUCUUCGUAAGUAAUCAAGAUGUCCGCACCAGUGACAGGUCUACCGGCGGUUAAACUCCCUACUGCCCCCUCGCCAAUUACACCUGAACAACGAUAUUGGAAGGGUUUUCGCUCCCAGCAACUCAUCCCAUCACCAACGAAUUAUCCCAUCACGCACAUAUCGUUCCCUCCUCCACCAACAAACGCUUUAUCACCCUCCGGCAAUGAUUACUUCUGUGUUACCACUGGUACUCGACUUCAGAUCUACUCAAUUCGCACACGAAAAUUAGUAAAGACUAUUACUCGGUUCUCAGAUGUUGCGCAUAGCGGAGAGAUUCGACGAGAUGGACGUGUUAUGGUGGCAGGUGACGAAACGGGAAAGAUACAGGUUUUUGAUGUGAAUUCAAGAGCCAUCUUAAAAACUUGGGAAGAGCAUAAGCAGCCAGUCUGGACCACAAAGUUUUCGCCAACAGAAUUGACAACCCUCAUGAGUGCUAGUGACGAUAGAACUGUUAAGCUUUGGGAUCUGCCAAGUCAAGAAAGUACAACUACUUUCACUGGACAUACCGAUUAUGUUAGAAGUGGUGCAUUCAUGCCUGGAUCGAUGUCGAACAUGAUCUUGACUGGUAGUUACGAUGAGACUGUCAGAUUAUGGGAUCCCAGAGUUCCAACCAGAGCAGCUAUGACCUUCAAGCAUGCUGCACCAGUUGAGACUGUACUUCCUAUGCCUUCAGGGACAACCGUUCUUGCUGCAGCUGAUAAUCAAAUCUCUGUUCUUGAUUUGGUUGCUGGAAAGCCAUUGCACAUCAUCAAGAAUCAUCAAAAGACUGUUACUUCGUUGUGCCUCGCAUCAAACGCUACUAGACUGGUUAGUGGUGGUUUGGAUGGCCAUGUCAAGGUUUUCGAGACCACGGGGUGGAAUGUUGUAACUGGACUCAAAUACUCAGCUCCUGUUUUGUCAGUCAACGUCGUUAGCUCUGGUGCCAAUCGCGAAGACAAGCAUUUGGUUGUAGGUAUGCAAUCUGGUGUCUUAUCUAUCAAAACACGACUAUCAGGGCAGCAAAAGGUGAAAGAAAGAGAAAGAGCGAAAGAGAUGCAAGCUUUACUCGACGGUACAUUAGAGGAAUAUGAUAAGAAGAACAAGAAAAGAAAACACACUAGCGGAGUAGAAAAGAGGCUCAGAGGAAUGGAUUUCAUGGGAGAAGGAGCAGAUGUGGUAAUUGAGGGCAAUGCGCGUUCAACAAAGCGAAAGGCCCCAGAAUGGGAGCGUGAACUCCAACUCGGUCGAUAUCAUCAAGCGCUAGAUUGUGUACUUCAGAAAGGCCUUCCUGCAGUCACUGUUCUUACACUUCUCACAGCUCUUCGACACAGAAGUGCCAUGCGAGCAGCAUUCGAGAAGCGUGACGAGACUACAAUACAACCUAUCUUCAAAUGGGUGUCCAAACAUAUUACCGACCCUCGAUACGUUCCUAUAUGUACUGAUGCUGCUAUGCUGCUCUUGGACAUAUACGCAGAGUAUACCUCUGAAUCGCCAGAAUUAGAACGCCAAAUAAAGUUUUUACAUCGACGUGUGAAGGCAGAAGUAGAAAGGUCACAAAAGGCGAUGCAGGUCAAGGGUAUGCUAGAUCUGCUUGUGGCUGGGGUAAAAUAGGAAGUCUAAUGAGGAAUUGUCUUUUUUGCAUAGCGUUGGCGUUGGUAGGGAAAUACCGGAAAUGUCAGGAAAAGCUUCCUUGUCCAUUCUAUAUUUGAAAGACUCAAUAAUUGAACCUAUCACAUAAGCUACUGUGCACAUUUUCAGAUGAGAAUUACAACUAUGUUUUUCUCUGCUUGCAAUACUAUCUUGAGUAGUUGUCUCAAAUUUGAAAAGGACUUCGUCUAUUCUCCCGGCAAAACCAAUUUCACGUCAUCACGCAUUUGCAAGCGCCAGGGGUAAAUCUUGAUUUUGACCCCACCCCCAUGAUACCAAACCAUCUACAAAUAACCUCCUAUCGGUUACUGUGAUCAACGUUGAUUCAAUACAACACCAGAAGCUUCCUCCGAAUAGGUGUCAAGAUAAAGCUAUAAUCUACGUGGCAACUUUUUCUAUUUGCCAUGGUAGUAUAGUUCUCAAUCAGGAAAACUGAUUGAUACCUUGAUUUAUCUCGUCCAAAAUAUAAUAUGAUAUUUCCUAUCCA